GAAAGUGAACACUUCAGGAAAAAUUCUUUCUUAGUAUCUUAAAAACAGGAUUUUUAAAAAGCGUCAGUCUUGUCAUGGCUGUCAUUUUCAAGGCCUCACCUAUUGACUGGAGAGCCUCUGAAAAUAACCCUGUAUGUGUAAAAAAGUGCGGUUCUGGUUUUAGUCCCUCUUCAGAACAAAACCCCUUACAAUGCUAGGAGAAAGGGGCAGGCAACUCAGGAAGUGUUUAAGGAUGUCAUUAGGUCAUGCAGAAAGAAAUUAGAAAGGUGAAAGCUCAAUUAGAACUUAAUCUGGCCACUUCUGUAAAGAAUAAUAAAAGGUAUUUUUGUAAAUACAUUAUUAGCAAAAAGAGGGGCAAGGAAAACCUCCAUUCUUUAUUGGACAUGAGGGGAGAAUACAGUUUUACCAAAGACAGCUGAGGUACUUAACACCUUCUUUGCCUCAGUUUUCAACAAUAAGACAGAUCAUCCUCAGGACAGCUGGCCUCUGGAGCUGGUGGACAGGGGCAGGGAGCAGAAUACCUCCUCUGUAAUCAAGGAGGAAGCAGUGACCUGCUGAGCCACUUGGAUCUUCACAAGUCUAUGGGCCCAGAUGGGAUUCAUCCUAGGGUGAUGAGGGAGCUGGUGGAAGAGCUUGCUAAGUCACUCUCCAUCAUUUAUCACCAGUCCUGCCUCAGUGGGGAGGUCCCAGAAGACUGGGGUUUGGCCCAUCCCUAAGAAGGGCUGGAAGGAGGAUCUGGGAAACUAAAGGCCUGCCAGCAUGACCUCAGUACCUGCCAGAGUUAUGGAAAAGAUCAUCUUGAGUGCAAUCACACAGCACCUAGAGGGUGGCUGGGGAUCAGACCCAGCCAGCAUGGGUUUAGGAGAGGUAGGUCUUGCCUGACCAACUCGAUCUUUUAUGAGCAGGUGACCCACCUGGUGGAUGAGGGGAAGGCUGUGGAUGUGGUCCACCUGGACUUCAGCCAAGUCUUUGGUACAGUGCUGCAGAGCAUACUCCUAGAAAAGUGGGCAGCCCCUGGCUUGGUCAGGGCACUCUGCUGGGUUAAGAACUGAUCAAGGUCAGGUUGGAUGGGGCAUUGAGCUACCUGGUCUGCUGGGAGGUAUUCCUGCCCAUGGCAGGGGCGUUGGAACAAGAUGAUCUUUAAGGUCCUUCCAACCUUCCUUUAAGGUCCCUUCCAACCCAUUAACAUUCUAUGAACAGGGCCAAGUGCAUCUUGCUCAAGGGAAGGAAAAGCCUCUGCGAACCACACAGGCAAACCAAGAAAAGACCUUUCCAAUACCAUGGCUGACCCUCUUUGAGGCAGGGAAAUGGACCAGGCACCUCCCGAGUUCGCUUUCAGCCCACGAUAUCCUGAUCUGACAAGUCAAUAAUGAGCGUCGACUAGAGAUUUGGGGAGGGUCACCAGAUCUGUCGCAGUAAAUCGUUGUUGCCGCUCCAGCCAGCACCGCCCGCCCGGCAGCGCCGCCCCUGCCCGCCCUCCACAGCUGGGCGGGCUCGGCCGGGCGGGGCCGGGCAAGGGGAAGAGGAACAGGAAUCCCUUCCGGCGCAGCCCGGCAGCCAUGGCCGAUGAGGAGGAGGACGUGCCGUUCGAAGAGGACGCGGAGGACGCCGGCGGGGGCCUGGACGGCGGGCAGGGCAGGAGGAAGAGACUGUUCUCCAAAGAACUAAGAUGCAUGAUGUAUGGAUUCGGGGACGACCAGAACCCUUACACAGAAUCCGUGGACAUUCUUGAGGACCUGGUAAUAGAGUUUAUCACAGAAAUGACACACAAGGCCAUGUCGAUCGGGCGGCAAGGCCGUGUACAGGUCGAGGACAUUGUCUUUCUAAUUCGCAAGGACCCCCGGAAGUUUGCCAGGGUUAAAGACCUCCUUACUAUGAAUGAAGAACUGAAAAGAGCCAGAAAGGCCUUCGAUGAAGCAAACUACGGAUCUUGAUUCUGUGCACAAGCUGCACUGGAGCUUCACUUGGGCUGCCCAAGCAAUGGCAGCUGCCCAGUAAGAAGGAAGAUCAUGUGUGGUGUUCGGAGGGGUUAUUCAGGAUGGAGGUCACUGCUGGGGUGUCUGCCCUCACUCCCAGUUUUUUCUGAGAACUAUUCAAGCAGCUGAAAUGUUAUCUGAUUGUAUGUGGUAUACUUAGGUAUUUUUAUACCAUUUAAGAAAAUGAAAAAUUCCUGUAAUGGCAGUAAGUCUGUUUGAAGUAGGCCUUUGUUGUAUCAGAUGGCUAGAGGGCUGAUGAUCCAUGAUUCUCUACAACUAUUUCAGUUAUCACUGGGUACUCCUGUGAGAGGAAACCCAGAAAAUGGAUCUUGGUUUAUCUGGACAUGGGCUUCAAGCCCAGACUACUCUAAAAGUUCUGCUUUUUCCUCUGUAUAUGCUCUUUGAAUAAAACAUUUUAAGUUUGUGCCUA